AAAUGGGAAUUUGUGAAACACAGAAGAGUCCACACAGGUGAAAGACUUCUAAAAUGUUGUUUUUGUGGUGCAACUUUUUGUAGCAAAACCGCUUUAGCAGAACACACAAAAACACACACCGGAGAAAAGCCUUUUAACUGCUCAGUCUGUGGUCAAAGCUUCACUCAGAAGUCAGGCCUAACGGGUCACAUGAGACUUCACACAGGUGAAAAACCCUUCAGCUGCCCCGCCUGUAAGAAAACAUUCAGAUGGAGGAACGAUUUUCGAAUGCACACAAGGACGCUAUGUGGAAAGAACCCCUUCAGCUGCUCGGAUUGUGAGGCGGCGUUUACAAGCAAAUGGGAAUUUGUGAAACACAGAAAAAGCCACGCGGGUGUAAGUCCUCUCAAAUGCUCUGUAUGUAGCGCAGCUUUUUAUAGCAAAACCGCUUUAGCCRGACACGCAAGGACGCACACCGGAGAGAAGCCUUACCGCUGCUCGGUCUGCGGCCAAAACAUGAGGUACAAGUCGAGCCUAACCGAUCACAUGAGACUUCACACGGGAGAAAAACCUUUCAGCUGCUCUGUCUGUAAGGAAACGUUCAGGUGGAGGAAUGUUUUUCUAGCGCACAAGAAAACCCGCUGUGGAAAGAAACCUUUCGGCUGCUCUGAUUGUACGGCAGCAUUUGGAAGGAAACGGGAUUUGUUGAAACACAGAAAAAUCCAUGCAGGUAAAUAAUCUUUCACCUGCACAGUUUGAGGUCAGAAACCUCGUUCAUCAUGUGAAGUGUCACAAGUUAGGCGGGGCUUUUCACCUGCCCUGGUUGUAAAGGAGGAUUUAAAGGUUUACUGCAGCACAUUAGAAGCCACCAAAAAAAAGAAAAGAUUUGCUCAACUGUCAAUUAAGCACAUUUACAGCGAUGUUCAAGCAGUUACAAUUUACAGAGACUGAUUCUAUUUUUGGACAUACAAUAAAAAAAAACAAUAAAAAUACAGAUGUGUUCUACAUUAGACUUUGUGAUGUAGUGAUAAAACAGGCAAUUGUUUUUAAAAGAAAAAUGUUGAAAAUUAUCGCCUGCCUCUCUGCUUCUUGACUGGUUUUCAUUAGAUGUUCAAACAUCUUAAAUCAACCCCAAGAACUUUGGUCUUGAGCAAAAGUUCUGCAUGUUUUUAGUCUUUUUUAAACAUUGGCAGGUAUUUCCUGCUUGCUAUUGCUGUGCCUGACUUGUUUUAGGGAUAUUCAUUUUUUUUUAAAACAAUCACUUCAUUGAAUAAUCAAAUUGUCUGAAGAUGCAUUUUACAGCUCAUGUGUGACAUUGUUUCUGCGUUUGUUUAUUUUUGUCUGUAAUUUAUUAUUUUGUAUUUCAUUUAUCCAAAUCAAGUUAUCCUAUAAUUUCUUACUCCUUUGAAAAUUAACCUAAACCUGUCAGACUGAGUUAAUAUUUGUGGAGUGUCCUGUCAUUUCAACUGUUUUCUUUGUCAAAACUAGAAAGUAAGCGAGACAUAUUAAGAUAAACAGAAUAUUGAUUUACAGGCAAAUCUCUGCUAACAUAUGAAACAGAAUAAUAUGUAUUCAUGUAAAUUUGUGUUCUAGAAGGAUUUGACUAUUUUUUGUUUUGUUUUAUGUUAAUUGAAGAUUAGUAUUGUUUGAGUUUAUAUUUGAGGAAAAAGGGGGGCAGAUAUAAGAUUUUUUUCUUCUCUGUGCUUCUUUUCAUUUCAUUGUAUUUGUGUUUUUUUAUUUUAUAUUGUACAUAGAAUGAAUUUGUUUUAAAGAAAUAAAGUUUAAAAAAUCUGAACUGUGUUUUGAUUUGUGCAUUAAGUCAGUUGUAAAAGAUACUGUAUGUACUAAUGGAAAUGAAACAAUGUACAGUAAAUACUUUUAUGAAUAAACAGAUAAAUCAAUAUGUUUGAAUUAUAAA